CACAGAAACUUAGCCAAAAAAACCCUAGCACUGUAAGCCUACACCACCGCCGCAAGGAGUGGCAUACUGCCGCCGUCCGUCCAUCUAGCUUCCCUCGUGCUCCAAGUCUUCAACCCCUGUUCGCUGUUACCGAUCGCAGCUGCUUCCUCGAGCUCGGCGUCCGUCGUCUUUGUCUGUUCAGGCGCUUCCGCCGCCGUUUGUUUGCCGUUCACGUUCGCGUCUUCGUUCAGCCGUCGUCUUCGUUCGCGUUCUUCGCUGUUCAAGUUUGCUCGGCGUUCACCGUUCGCGUUCACUCGCCGUUCACCAUUCGGGUUCGCAUUCGCGUUCGUCUGGAAGCCACGUUGCUCUGCUUCAAACUCUGCGACCAACCCGCGCGCUCCACCUAGCCGUCGAACUGCUCUCUUUUGUCGCCGCCAAUCUUGAGUACAAUAAAGUAGCAACAACAACACUGCAACAAUAAUCGAAGUCACAAUCUUCUCUGACACUAAAAUCACAAUCAAACUAUUCAUUCCAUUCAGAUACAAGGCUCACACAUGCUCAUGAAACUGAGUUCUCUUCUUCAAGCUCUUAUACCAUCAUGGAACUCAGCUUAUUUGCUUCUGGGCUUCUUUGCUUAUUUGUCAAUUGCGGGAUCCAUUGUGCUGGGAAAACUUGUUCCUGGGGUUGUUCUUGCUGAUGGAACUCGCCUUCAUUAUCGCUGCAAUGGUUUAGUCUUGCUUCUUCUGUUGGUUGCACUUCUUGGGAUUAGUGCCAAGAUGGAUUUUGUAUCUCCUACCGCUAUAUCUGAGAGAGGAUUUGAGCUGCUGUCCACAACAUUUAUCUUCAGUUUUCUUGUGACCCUGGCACUUUAUUUUGCGGGCUGCAAGUCACAAAGUAAAAGUUCAUCACUAAAACCUCAUAUCACUGGAAACCUAAUACAUGAUUGGUGGUUUGGAAUACAACUGAAUCCUCAGUAUAUGGGUAUUGACCUCAAAUUUUUGUUUGUUAGAGCUGGAAUGAUGGGGUGGCUGCUAAUCAAUUUAUCCAUUCUUGCAAAGAGCAUUCAAGAUGGUACUUUGAGCAAAUCAAUGAUUCUCUUCCAGAUAUUCUGUGCAUUAUACAUCUUGGACUACUUUGUGCAUGAAGAGUACAUGACAUCAACUUGGGACAUAAUUGCAGAGAGGUUGGGCUUCAUGUUGGUCUUUGGAGAUUUAGUUUGGAUUCCUUUUACUUUUAGCAUUCAGGGAUGGUGGCUCUUAGCAAAUGAGGUGGAGUUAACAACGACAACCAUUAUAGCUAAUUGUCUUGUCUUCCUGAUUGGAUACAUGGUAUUUCGAGGGGCAAACAAGCAAAAACAUGUAUUCAAAAAGAAUCCAAAGGGCCCUAUUUGGGGUAAGCCUCCAAAAGUCAUUGGUGGAAAGUUACUUGCUUCUGGUUAUUGGGGUAUUGCCAGACAUUGUAAUUACCUAGGUGACUUACUUCUUGCUCUCUCCUUUAGCUUACCUUGUGGGAUAAGUUCACCAGUUCCAUACUUCUAUCCAAUAUAUCUUCUUAUUCUGUUGAUAUGGAGGGAGAGAAGGGAUGAAUCUCGUUGUGCGAAGAAGUAUAAAGAGAUAUGGACUGAGUACCGAAAACUUGUUCCUUGGAGAAUAUUGCCAUUUGUGUAUUAGAAAGAAAAGAAGAAAAAGAAGGUUCCAUUGUAUUGGCUUUUGUAUUUUUGUAGAAUUGAAACUAUUGUUAGAAGUUGCAUACUAUUUAUGAAGGAGUUUAUUAAUAAGAACCUUGUUUGAUUUUAUGAAAGUGAGAUGAAUAUUUUAGCAAA